CACUGCAUCAUAUAAAAGGGACACCCCAAGUGAAACCCUAGAUGCCUCUCCACACUCAACCAAUCCCGGCCGCCGCGCUCCUUUCUCUCCUCCAAUCCCCACGUUUCUCUCCCCCCAAUCCCCUCAAGAGCCACUACAUUUUCUGGUUUCCCCGUGUCUGGAGGAGGCAAAGAUCAGCAUGGAGAAGCACCUACUGCCCUCUCUCCCUUUGCUCCCUGGCAUUCCCUAUCUUAUCCUUUCCCACAACAAGAAGGGUUUCUCAUCUAGGUAUUGGAGGAAGAAGAAGAGGUGGCAAGAACAGAGCAAGGAGGAGCAAAGGAUGGAAGAAGAGAAAAUCCCCACCUUUCCUACCUGAUUCUUCCUUAUCUAGAUCCAAAGGAGAAACAGGAAAAGAUGGAAGAAGAGAAGAUCCCCACCUUUCCGAUCUGAUUCUUCUUGACUUAGAUUCAAAGGUUUCUUUGUCACACUUUGGAUUGCUCCUGUAAAUGUUGAGUGAUGGCGACAAAGACGACUCACCUAUUCUAUGCUAAUGCGGAGAAGGAGCUCGAGUCGCCGCUAAGCCGCACCAGAGGGAGAUGCCUAGCCACGGCCGAGCCGAGUCGCCGCUGAUUCGCCUACGCAAGCCACCUUUUCUUCUCCUCCUUCGUGUUCGCCAUUUUGAGGCCAUUUUCUCUUGUGCAACCAGUUGUUGUUUGGGUGAUUCGCUGCUUCUAGUGAGGAAUAAGGGGUGAGGGAGGUGGAAGAGGAGACAAUGGAUAAGCACAUAUCUGCUCCAACAAAGAAGUAGAA